AUGAUCCGAACGCUGCAGAACCCGGCGUUUGGCACGCUCCUCAUCACCAUCACCUUUCUCAACUGCCAGCCGUACUACCUGGUCAUUCUUCCAUACUGGGUCAAGUACUCGCUCGAGCUGGACUCGUUCUGGCAGGCUGCGAUCAUGACGACGUAUAUGACAGGCGCCUUUGUGUUUAUUCCAUUCUGGACAUGGCUGGCGGCGCGGGUUGGCAAGAAGCGCACGUAUUUGCUGUCGAUGGGCGUGGCGGUGGUGGCGUUCUCGACGAUUGUGCUGGUGCGGUCAGGCGACAAGGUGGCCGCGGUGUUAGUCUCGUUUUGCGCCGGAGCGUCGGGCCUCUCGCUCAACGCGUACAACUUUCUCUUCCAGUCGCUGCUUGCGGACAUCAUCGAGUACGACGAGCUGCGGACCGGCGUCCGCCGCGAGGCGCAGUACGCCAACAUGGUCCAGGUCUUCAACGCGUUGACCUCGGUCAUGUCGGUCUCGCUCCCGCUGUUUAUCAUGGACUCGGUCGGCUUCCACGCCAACGAAGACCAGCCGGCCAAGGUCCGGCACACCAUCUCAGCGCUGCUUGGUCCGGGCUGCGCCGUAUACGUGGCCCUGGCCGCGCUCUCAUUCGUCUUUUACCCCAUCACCACACUCGUUCAUGAGCGCAUCCGCGACGGGCUCGACCUCCACGCCACCGGACAGCCUGCACUCGACCCAGUGACUGGUGAGAUGGUUCUUGCGCCCGGCUCGACAACCUCGGUGGUCGACAGUGACGUCGCAUGGUUCCUCGACAACUUUUCCGCUUUGAGCUCCGCUGGGCCCUCCUCCGCAACUCGAAGCAGGUGCCCAAGCGCGGACUGUUCCGCCUCGUCAUGGCCUGGAUUGCACUCACCACCGCCACUACUGUUGGCUCGAUCGUCUGGAUCCUGCAGAACGUCGACCGCUACAUGGAGGUCGGCUCGUUUAUCGCCAUGGUCUCACUCGCCUGGCUCAUCUUUAACCUCUGCCGCAUUGCUCCGGCGCUCAAAUUUGCGCGCGCGCCCAUGCCGUGGGCCAUCAUCCACCACCACGUCGUCAAUGGCAACAACUUGGUGGCCAAGAGCAUGUAGCCUGUGA